AUGGAGAACAAUUUCAACCAAGAGGAACGUGAGCUCUUGGAGCAAGCAAACGGAGUCGCUACCUUAGCCGAGUGUUUCGCGUGGUUACAACGAUGUGACGAGUGUAUACAACAGCUCGAGGAACUUAGCCGCAUCAAGCGUCCUCGGCACACCGUCGGACAAAGACAAUCGUUGGUGGCUAGAAUCGCGCGACUCGAGGGUGAAAAGACGCGACUGCAGAGACGUUUCGUGCACGUCGGCGGUAAUUACGCAAGUGAUAACGCGAAGAGACUCGUAUGGCGAGAAAUAGAUACCGCGUUCGAGAAUCGUGUUCUGACCGGUGCAAUAAUUAACGCAGACUAUAUUGAGCCGCGGCAAUUUCUCGAAGAUGCCGGUGGUAUAGUGCUCGAGCAUGUGCGGGACGCCCUAGAAAGACACGAUAGUGUGAAAGUGAACACCGCGUUUAAUGGUGAGUUCGUAACGGGUGAAAAACACGCCAACAAGAGUAUCACUACGAAAAAUUGUGAACUAUUUCAAACGUCAGACUUGAACGAGUGGUACGAGCGGUGCGUCAUCGAGUCCACACUAGCGUCGCUCGAGGAGUUUCAAGAACGUGAUAUACAAUCCUCUACACGCGGGGUGUUACGUGACAUUACCGCGAGAAAUAAUUUGGAAAAAGCUGUAGUGAACAUUAAUUCGAAGGACAAUGCGUGCUUCGCGUGGUCAGUGGUCGCCGCUCUGCACCCUGCUAAAGAACAUCCAUAUCGGGAAUCGUCGUACCCUCAUUAUACGACGGUCUUAAAGUUCGACGACAUCGAGUUUUUCGUUACACUAAAGGACAUUGGGAAAUUUGAGAGACUCAACGAUGUGUCGGUCAAUGUCUACAAGAUCAGAAAGGAAAUGGCGAUGCUAAAGAUUCUUCCGCUGCGGCUUUCCAACGACAAAAGGGAGAAGCACGCGAAUCUUCUGUAUGUGCAAGAUUCGCGCGAAGACAGCGUGGGUCACUUUGCAUGCAUCAGGAAUCUGUCCCGCCUAGUGAGCUCGCAAGUGAGCAAACACAAUGGAAAAGUAUACAUUUGCGAUCGGUGCUUGCACUAUUUUCAAUCAUGUGAGAGGUUGCAAUCACACGCUGUAGACUGUCGGAAUAUAAACGACUGCGCUAUCACAUUGCCCUCUGAAAAGGACAAGUGGCUAAACUUCCGCAGCGUAAACUAUAAGGAGCGAGUGCCCUUCGUCGUCUACGCUGACUUGGAAUGUGUGCUGCGGAAGACGCAACACGAUACGGAGCAAACGUCGUACACAUACCAGCAUCACGAGGUAAUCAGUAUCGGAUAUUACGUGCGAUGCUCGUACGACGACGCCUUAUCCGCGUACCAGUUUCGUCGCGAUCCCGAUUGCGUGUCAUGGUUCGCCAAGCAAUUAGAAAAAUUAGCGCAUAAUAUUAAGGUUCGUUUAUCCGCCAAUGUCCCCAUGAUAACUUUAACGAAAGAGCAAUGGGAGGUGUAUCGUAGCGCAACGCGUUGUCAUAUUUGUGAAAAACCAUUUGAGCCGGAUGAUAAACGGGUGCGCGAUCAUUGUCAUCUGACCGGUCGUUACCGCGGUCCCGCGCAUUCUUCUUGCAACUUAUUUUAUCGAAAUGUAUCAUACAUACCGGUGGUCUUUCAUAAUUUAUCCGGAUACGACUCACAUUUUAUUAUUAAGAAAAUAGCGACAUUAUUUAAAGGAAAUAUCGACGUGCUUCCAAUCACGAAAGAAAAAUAUAUUUCUUUCACAAAACAUGUUAUAAGUACCGCUGAUAAAUUAGAUCCCCACAAUCACAUAAAGUUACGGUUCAUAGAUUCAUACAAAUUUUUAAACACAAGUCUCGAAAAAUUAGCAUCAUAUCUUAGCACCGAUAAAUUAAAAAUUGUUUGGUCUGAAUUUGCACACUUAUUCGACGAGGAUUUUAAUUUACUGACUCGAAAGGGUGUAUUUCCGUACGAGUACGUUGACCGCAUCGAAAAAUUAGAGGACACGUGUUUACCACCGCGCGAAUCGUUUUACAGUUCUCUGACCUCUAACACAGUAUCCGAGAGCGAUUACGCACACGCUGUCAACGUAUGGCAUCGGUUCUCAGUUCGAACGCUGGGUGAAUACAGUGAUCUGUAUUUAAAAACGGAUGUAUUGUUGUUAGCCGACGUUUUUGAAAAUUUCCGCGAUAAAUGUAUCGAAAGUUACGGUCUCGAUCCCGCGCAUUAUUACACUCUCCCCGGAUAUACGUGGGAUGCGAUGUUAAAAUAUACCAACGUUACUUUUGAACUGCUUACCGACAUUGACAUGGUAAUGUUUAUCGAACGCGGUAUACGUGGCGGUCUAAGUCAAUGUUCCAGCAGAUACGCGCAGGCUAACAAUAAGUACAUGCAGUCGUACGACCCGUCGAAACCAUCGUCGUACCUUAUGUACUUUGACGUUAAUAAUUUGUACGGCUGGGCAAUGUGUCAGCUGUUACCCUAUACCAAAUUUCAAUGGGUCAAAGACGUUUCGAAUUUUAACGUGGACGCAAUCGCUCCGGAUUCACCCACGGGUUACAUUCUCGAGGUCGAUCUCGAGUAUCCUCAGGACCUUCACGACACACACACUGACCUGCCCUUCUGCCCGACGCGUGACAAACCACCCGGUACGCGUCAGGAUAAACUUUUAGCAACACUCUAUGACAAGAAGCGUUAUGUUAUUCACUACUGCAAUCUGCAGCAGUGCACGCGCCACGGUCUUCGUGUAACAAAAAUACAUCGUAUAUUACAAUUCGCUCAAUCUGCAUGGCUUCGCGAUUACAUAGAAUUAAAUACACAAUUUAGAAUGCGCGCUAAAAACGAUUUUGAAAAAAAUUUAUAUAAAUUAAUGAACAAUGCAGUUUUCGGAAAAACAAUGGAAAACGUACGCAAUCACGUUAACGUUAAAUUAUUAACAAGAUGGGAGGGUCGGUACGGCGCUGAGGCAAUGAUUGCAAAACCUAAUUUUCACAGCCGUAGCAUUUUUUCGGAGAAUCUAAUCGCCGUUGAACUGCGUAAUCUCGAGGUGAAAUUAUAUAAACCGAUUUACGUAGGCAUGAGUAUCCUCGAUAUUUCUAAAACAUGUCUAUACGAAUUUCACCACGAGUAUAUGCAGCCUCUAUAUCGUAGUAAAUGUAGAGUUAUGUAUACAGAUACCGACAGUCUUAUAUAUCACGUCAAAUGCGAGGAUAUUUACAAAAACGUGAAGCAUGACAUUCAUAGAUUCGACACGAGCGAUUAUCCGGUCGACAACGCAUACGGUAUACCUCUCGAGAAUAAGAAAGUGCCGGGUCUAAUGAAAGAUGAGAACAAUGGCGCGAUAAUGACCGAGUUUGUCGGACUCAGGGCAAAAAUGUAUGCGUUGAGAGUGGACGGAAAAAAGGACACUAAGAAAGCGAAAGGUGUCAAGAAUAACGUAGUAGCGCGAACCAUAACGUUUGAUGAUUAUACCCGCUGUCUCCACGAAGAGAUCGAAAUGACGCGUCGCCAGUCGUGUAUAAGAUCUAAGCUGCACGAAGUAUACACGGUGUCCGAAACAAAAAUUGCUCUAAGUCUGUACGACGACAAGAGAUAUCUCGUACCUGAUUCGGUCGAGACGUUACCGUGGGGACAUUAUCGAAUACCUUUGUAA